CUUGCGUGAAAAAAAAGAGCUCUUCAUUAGUAGUAUCCAAUUGAAACCACACAUCAAAAACUGAGAGAGGAUGGAGGAGAGAGCAGAUCUGAAACUUGUGGGCACAAAAGAAAGUCUAUUUACUCAAAGAAUAGUGUGGGCACUUAAGCUAAAAGGCAUUGAUUUUGAAUUUAUAGAGCAAGAUAUUUCUAGUAGGAGUAGUACUCUAUUGCUUGUGGAACUUAAUCCAGUUUAUAAGAAGGUGCCAGUGAUUGUUCAUUUUGGGAAACCAUUGUCUGAAUCACUUGUUAUUCUUGAAUACAUUGAAGAAACUUGGCCUCUUAAUCCUCUACUCCCUUUGGAUCCUUUUGACAGAGCUUCUGCUCGUUUUUGGGCUCGGUUUAUUGAUGGCAAGUUCUAUGAAGCAGCAAAAAAGGCAUUUUUCUCCUCAGGAGAAACUAAAGCAGAGGGGGUUGAAUCAGUGGCAGAGGGAUUACAGCUUCUUGAAGGACAGAUAACAGGGAAAAAGUUCUUUGGUGGGGAAAAAAUAGGGUAUGUUGACAUAGUAGUUGGUUGGAUUGCUUAUUGGUUCCAAUAUGUAGAAGAAGUUGGUGAAUUCAAAGCAAUGGAUUCUAAAAAAUACCCUUAUCUUAAUGCAUGGAUCAAUAAUUUCAUUCAAGUUCCUGUUAUUCAACAAAGCCUUCCUAAACCUGAUGCUGUGAAAGCUGUUUUCAAAGGGUUCAAAGAUGCAGCCUUGGCUGGUGCAAAUUGAAAAGAUCAGGGGUGUGUUUGAUACAAGUACUAUUUUUUAUAGAAAAUAAAAAAUUAAUGGCAACCUGAAGGUGGAUAAUUAAUGUGUUUUACUUAUUGAUCAAGCUUAUUUUAAUAAAGCGAGUUCUGUUGUUUGCUUCAUUGCCGUGAUAAGUGAAUAACGAUACUAUCUCCUCAUUGUCUUGUGAUAUGUCAACAGGGAUGCUCUGUUUUUACUAGGUUGUACACUUUCUUUGAGUAAAAAAUUUACUAUUCAAACUCA